AUGAGCGCGGAGCUGGACGGCGUGUCGGUGCACUCCUCGUCCUCCUCGUCGGGCUCGCUGGGCUCGGCGGCGGGGCCGGCGCCGCGGCCGCUGUCGGCCAACGUGCGGCGGCUGCACCAGGCGCUGACGGCGCUGCUGAGCGAGGCGGAGCGGGAGCGCUUCAUCCUCUGCCUCAACGCCUACCACGGCCGCCGCAACGUCUGCGACCUGGUGCGCUCCCUCCGCGCCCUCCUCGACGGGCCGCGCCGGCGGCAGCUCCUGCCGCUGCUCCGCCUCGUCCUGCCGCGCUCCGACCAGCUCCUCUUCGACCAGUACACCGCCGAGGGGCCCUACCUGCCGCCGGCGCCCGCCGCGCCGCCCGGCGAGCUGCGGCAGCUCACCCUGCGGCGGAGCAAGGCCCACGAGGGCCUCGGCUUCAGCAUCCGCGGCGGCGCCGAGCACGGCGUCGGCAUCUACGUGUCCCUGGUGGAGCCGGGCUCCCUGGCCGAGCGGGAGGGGCUGCGCGUCGGCGACCAGAUCCUCGGCGUCAACGGCAAGCCGCUGGACAGGGUGACCCACGCCGAGGCCGUCAAGGCACUGAAAGGCUGCAAGAAGCUGAACCUGUCGGUGCAUUCAGUGGGACGCAUCCCUGGGGGUUACGUCACCAACCACAUCUACACAUGGGUGGACCCGCAGGGCCGGAGUGUGUCCCCGCCAAUAGGCCUGCCACACCACCAGAACAGCUCCCUCCGCAAGGACAGUGAAAAGAGGAGCCACCUCCAGCUCCUGCAAGAGGGAGAUGAGAAAAAGGUGAAUCUGGUCCUGAAUGAAGGGAAGUCCCUGGGCCUCAUGAUCAGAGGAGGGGCAGAGUAUUCCCUGGGCAUCUACAUCACUGGGGUGGAUAAAGGCUCUGAAGCGGAGAGCACUGGCUUAAAGGUAGGAGACCAGAUUCUGGAGGUGAAUGGCAGAAGCUUCCUCAGCAUCCCCCAUGACGAGGCAGUAAAGCUGCUCAAGUCUUCCCGCCACCUCAUUAUGACGGUAAAGGACAUUGGGAGGUUGCCCCACGCCCGCACCACCGUGGAUGAGACCAGAUGGAUAGAAAGCUCCCAGAUUGGAGAAACCCUUGUCAACUCAGCAGGGGCAAUGGGCAAUCAUGCUGCGGAGGCGACAGCCAGGCCUGUGUUUUACCGAGGCCUGGCAGGCUCCCAGGUGACACUGAGCAGCAUGGUGAACCAGACCCGGGUCAUGCUGGAAGAACAAGCACGGCACCUGCUGAAUGAACAGGAGCGGGCGACUAUGGGGUACUACCUUGAUGAAUAUAAGGAAGGCAACAUCUCCGUGGAUGCUCUGGUCAUGGCACUCUUUGAGCUACUCAACACACAUGCUAAGUUCUCACUGCUUUCAGAGGUGCGGGGUGUGAUUUCCCCACAAGACCUCGACCGCUUCGACAACCUGGUGCUGAAGCGAGAGAUUGAAUCCAUGAAGGCUCGGCAGCCCUCAGGGCCCAGCAUCGGUACUGACUCCUACUCCAUGAUGUCCUACAGCGACACCGUCUCUUCCUCCAGCAGCCACUUCACCUCUACAACUGUCAGCUCGGCCAGGAACACAUCAGAAUUGGAGGGAGGUGGAGACAGCCAGCAAAGUAGCAUCAACACCUUGCCGGACAUCUCCCUGGAUGAUCUCUCCUCCUUCCCAGAAGAACCACCCAACUUCAAGCCUCCACCUCCUCCUUCAGCGCCUCAGAGGCUGGACCCCUCCACUGCCCAGCAUAGGAAUCCUGGAAAAGACAAGCCAAAGCGUCCUUCUUCUGAGUCCUCUCAGUCAGGACUCUUCUUUGUGGCCCCCCGAAACCCCACACCCCCUCCUAGCCACCCCGAGAAGGACACAGUCAGCCUGACUUCUACUAAUUCAUCCACUGAGGAGUCUGCCUCAAAUGCUAUCUACGCUACCAUUUCUCCAGCCCUGCACAGCUCUAAGAGGCAAAUGGAUGCUCAGCUCUCCUUGGUCAGCCAGCACCCCAUCGGUCCAUUCCCCAGGGUCAAGUCCCCAACAAGGUUGAAGAGCCCAACCCCAGAAAGCCCCGCAGCCGGUGGGCUUCAGAGCACCUCUUCCCCAUCCCCUCCUCCUCCCCCAUCCCACCCAGCACCGCCACCACCAGAAAAGGGCAGCCCACGGUCGGUAGCCAACCAGCAUUUCAUCAUGGUGGAGGUACACCAGCCCAACAGCGAGCCCGACGUGAACGAAGUGAGGCCCUUACCGCAGGCCAGAGCCUCCACGCUCUCCCAGCUGUCGGACAGCGGGCAGACCCUCAGCGAGGACAGCGGGGUGGACAUCGGGGAGGUUGAGAUGAGCGGCAAGGACAAGAGCCGGCAGCCGGUCCCCGGGAAAAGCCGAAGCCUCAAGGAGGCCGCGAGGAGCGAGGGGGCGGCAGAGGGGGCCUCCAAGCCGCCCGGGCUCCUGGAGCCCACGUCAUGUCUGAUCCGAGUGUCCAAGAGCGCACCGACCUUGGGAAUCGCCAUCGAGGGUGGAGCAAACACCAGGCAGCCGCUGCCCCGGAUCGUCACCAUCCAGCGCGGGGGCUCUGCCCACAACUGUGGGAAACUGAAGGUGGGUCACGUCAUCUUGGAGGUGAACGGCACAGGGCUGCGGGGCAAAGAGCACCGGGAAGCUGCUCGCAUCAUUGCUGAGGCCUUUAAGCUGAAGGAGAAGGACUACAUUGAUUUUCUGGUCACAGAAUUCAACGUUGCCCUUUAGGAGCCAAACAAGUUUGGGAAGGAACAUGGCAGGUGAGGAGAGCAUCCAGAUGGACGCAAAAGGCAACCCAGGGGUACCCAUGUGGGGAAAGGCAGCACUCAAGCCACACAGAGCCCACACCACCCUCUCCCACUCCACCACCUGCAGUCACCCCCAGGGACCCCCAAUGUCUCCCAUCACAGAUGGUCACAGUCUGGGCAGGGCAGGCUGAGGAUGGGUAAAAAUCAGUGCACAUCUCUUCCCUCUCAGCUGGAGGCAUCUUUCCCUGCCUUUCCCUCUGGGGCUGGGGGCUGCCCUUUGGAGCAGUGCUCUCCCGUUGGCACUGAAAUCCAGGCCCAGGCUGGGGAGCGGGAGAGAGGAUGGCUGGAGUCUGGGUGUCCUGCUGUCAUUUUAGUGCCACGCAUGCAGAGCAGGGUGGCCUUGGGGCCCCGCCGGUGGCAUGGCAGGGCUGGGGAGAGAGGAGGCUGAAGGGUUUCUUGGCUGGUCGCUGCUGCCCUGAGUGCUCAUCGCUGUGCCCGGGCGGCAGGCGGGUGGCACAGGCCACGGGUGAAGGUGCCGAUGGCAAACGGAUGCCUUGUAAAUUGCUGGCAAUGUCAUUGUAUUUAUACGUACAGAGCUUGUGCUUUUAAUUUUUCAAUAAA